ACCGAAAAACUCGAAUUACCUUCUGCUGCUAUUAUGUUCUUUACCUAUUAUUUAGUUCAAACUCGUCCUGUUAUGACUGAUGAUGUCAUAGUAGAUCAUUUAGAAAAACUACAACGAGUGCAGAAUUCAUUUGACCAUGUAUUUUAUGUGGAAUUAUGGUUAACAGCUUUAACUGGAUUGGCAGAGGUCAAUUUGACAGGACAUACUCUUUUAUGGAAGAGUUUCGUAUUGGUUAAACUUCCGACAUUAAUUGAAAAAUUAGAAGAAAGAAAAUUUGCAAAAUUCAGUCAUGAUGAAAUGGAAAUGUUGUCAUAUGAAUCAUUAAAGAAUAGUUGUCAUGAAUGCGUAAUAAAUCAAUUAUUUGGGUUUCGUGGACUAUUCAGUGCCUGUAGCCAACAUGUAGAAACAAUAGAUGAUCUUUUCCAAGCACCAGAUAUUUUUGUUGACAUAUUAAAAGUAUGCCUGAAAAAAAAUUUGGUUAGACGUGAAUUUGUUUUAAGAUUGUUAGAAGAUCGAUCUACGGAACUUGAGUGGGGUGGAAAUAUUUUAGAUGAUCCAAGCAGUCAGAUGGUAGAUCAUUUAGUUUCUACGGCAACCACAAUGACAACAUGGAGUGCAAGUGGUGAAUUAAAACCAUUAGCAAUUCUAUGUCAUUCUAUUAACGAAAUUCCUUCGCUUCUUGAUAUAAUUCAUUUAUAUCGACAUCCAUUUGAAUUGUUGGAACCAUUGGAACAAUUAUGUAAUAAAUGGGAAAAGUCAAUAGAUAAUACUAGUUUUGAAUCAUAUGUUCAAGAUUAUGAAAAUUAUGGUAUAAUAUUUUUAUUAUUGUAUAAUAUUGUACACAGUUAUGAGCUUCAUAAAAAUCUAAAAGAUGUAUUACAGGAUGAAAAUGGAUUUUGUCACACGUGGAUCACUCAAUCAUCAGUUGCUUAUGAACCUGAAAUGUUGAAUACUGAAAAUUUUACACUAUUAGAGGAAUGGGUCAAUGCAUUAUCAACAAUUCAAGAUAUUCCAGAAAAUCUUAUAAAGGCUACCAAUCCUCGAAUAUUAAUUGAAUUAGCUCCAACAAUAUUUAAGAAAUCACUCGCAGAAGUUGAAAAGAGUUCUAAAGAUUUUCGAAAUAUUGAAAACGUCGAAAACAUUGAAAAUGUUGAAAAUUUUGGUGUUGUUACUUUAGAAACUUUAUUACAGAAUUUUGAAAUUUUCCUGAAACCUUAUUUAUCAUAUGCAUUAAUUGGAGUUAUUCAGUGGUUAUGUGAUGAUAUUUGCUUUAAAGGACCAAAUUCUUUAUCAUCAAAAGUUCUUAACUAUUUGAUGUUAAAUAAUGAUUUCCCUUUACCAAUUAUGAGAUUGGUUGGUACAGGGGUAUUAUCAAUCUUGAACUAUACAUCAAAUAAUAACUUGUCAUCUCAAGAGCCAAUAGAAGCAGUAGAAUCAGUAGAGGCAGUAGAAGGGAGUGAUUCCAAUCUUAAAGUUAAAAUUACUAAUGUUAUACCUGAAUCAGUAUCAAAACAUUCUUCUGAGACAUUAUAUUCUCAAUUUAAAUUACUGUUUACGUCUAUCACCUUUGGUGGAUGUCAAAGAAAGUCUAGAUUUAUUAAUAUUGAUGAAGAAUAUGAGGAUGAAUUUCGUCAAUAUAAUUUGGCCUCCGACUUAUCAUGGCAAAGUGCACAUCAUUUAGAUAUUGACUUAUUUAGAACAUGUCUUGAAAUCCAUGGUCCAAAAAUUUUUAUAGAUUUAAUAGUUGAGGGAGUGUUGAUUGCAGGUGAAAAAGGCAUGGGAUUAAGAGCAGCCGAACUUGGUGCUUCUCUUAUAACGCUUCCCUUAUGUUAUACAUGGAAUGUACAUUUACAACCAAUAAACCUUAUUCAUAUCUUAUUCACGGAUGUAUUAAUACAGGCUCUUGAUAAAAUUAUUAUGUAUUCACAAGGUUAUGCAUUGGGAUUUAUGUCAUUUUUUAUAUUAAUUAUUUGCAACAAAAAUCCCAAUUUUGUUUUAACUGGAGGAAAAAAUAUAUGUAAUGAUUUUAUUGAAUAUAUUCUUCCAAAGUUUCAAGUUAAAGAAGUGAAUCAAGUUGAAAUAUCAAAAGUCUGGGGACCAUUAAUGAAUGGACCAACAAAAGGAUUUAUGGAUGCUUUAAUAUCAAAUAAUAGUGAAAUAAGUGAAAAAUUACCAAAUUUGGCUUUAAAAAAUUUGUUGAUAGAAUUAGAUCUUAAUUAA